ACACGAUCGCGCCCGACCGAUUCAAACUGGUCUUGAAACUUGGCGUAUUUUCCAUCGCGCUCCAGUGACGGACGGUGCUCGGUUGUUUUGUGUCGUGCGUUUCUCCAAGUAUACGCUAAUACCGUUGAUGUACUGUGUGUUCCGUUUCUACUCUUCGCUCAUUCGACUCGCAUAUUAUUAUUGAGAUGCCGGUUGACGCGACAAUGUCGCCGUCCAGCCCCAACAAUUAACGAUGUGGUUUGGAACUCAGAAUUGUGCAAUGAUGGGUUUGCAGGCAACCACCACGGCGGUAGCAGCAGGCAAGCGCAAGUUGGACGUGGCGUCCCUCGCAGAAUUUGAAUCCUCGCCGGCGAAAAACGGCCGCUAUGAACCGCCCAUAAAUAACACUAUCACUACCACUGAUGACUGCAUAGCGAGACUUAGGGCAGUAGCGGUACCCGCGGCGGAUACGUGGCGCGCUCCAACACCUUCCCUCGCCGCCACCCUUCUCAGCGAAGAUGAGUUCGACGACGACGAGUUUGAAGACGAACUCAGCGACGACGAGAAGUGCGCGGGGAUGGUACCGCCCCCCGAUCCACUUCGCUUUGCUCAUCCCGCUUCCGCCACCACGCAGUCUUACCAUAACAGGUACCAAAUGGACUACUGGCAAUACUACCAAUCGCCGCAACAGCAAACGAUCCGCUGCGAAGAAAACGGCAAGUCUUACCUUGAGCUUGGCGCAUCGCCGCAGAUGAAGACGCGGUGUUGCGACGGCCGAACCAGGUGGUGUCACGUGCCGUGUUAUCGGCAGAGACGAUUGGCCGUGCUCAACCUCUCUAUGUGCAAGUUGGCCAGAUACAGACAGUGUUCCGAUCCGUCGCUGCGCAGGUCGGUACUCAUUUGCAACACGCUGCGACGGCUAGAACGCGAGAUGGAAGCGGAACCGUCGGAGUCGACCUACUCACCGUUACCGGAGAUAAACCAACCGGCCAGACCGAACCCGGUGACGGAGCCUAGUUACGAACAAAGCCUUCGGGAGGUGGGUAACUUUUCGGGCAGGGCUACGCCGUUCCCUUCGACGACGACGACCGACACAGACUCGGGACUAGGUGAUGACGAAAUGACGAAGCCGAUCAACUGGAGUUCUGUGUUGAGUUUGACGUCACAGACCGAUCUGGAAUCGCUGAACAAUAACGAACUGUAUGCCGAGCUGGGUUUAAGUAAUGGCGACCAAGACUGGAAAGAGUCGCGGACAGAUCCGAUCAACGAAUGGGACGGGUUUAUGCAUGUGCUAGUUGGCGGCACGUAGCAUUAAACCGGGAAACAAUUGACAUAGUUUUACUUCAGGUUGUGAUUCAAUUUAAGUAAAAGACAUUGACUCUCGGGUGGUUAUCGAAAGCGACUGGACUAGGUACUUAUAGUACGUAACUUUUAAGUCGAUUUCGAUCGCUCAAACUGUACAAGCGCAGCAUAGAUAAUGGGCUUUUGGAGUUUUUUUUUUAACGAUUGUUGACUGUUCUCCCCGCCACGCAAUUAUUUUACACGGCGUGCUGACUUUUGAUACUUUCAAGUGCGACAAAUAAGACCCGGUUAAGGAACGAUAAUUUUCAUAAUAUAAAGUAUACUCUUUUUAAUCAAAACACAGUGUUUGGUAUGCAAAAACUUGCAUCAGGUAUAAAACGCAUAGUAUGUCAUCUAGCAAUGCAAACAUCCCUUAUUUUCUAUGCUUGGAUAUAAUAAUGUCUAUUAUUUUUUCCGGGUGAGGCGGUAUAGCCCAAACAUUGAUCACUUGCUCAUUCCUUUGAACAUAAAGCUUUUUGAGUGCUUUUUACAAUUUUGGACGAAAUUUUUUUUCCUUUUGCUGUAAAUUCAGCAUAUUUUUCUGCAGUUUUCUGGGAUACAUAAACGCCAGCAGCACGCGCUUCCAACUUUUGUUUUGCUAUGGCAUCAUUUCUUGAAAAUUAGUGUUUAAGGGGUCAUUUUAGGAGGGAAUUUAUCUUCACUGCUACAUUUUGCGUCAAGUGACUCCAUGCCUUUCACUCCAGGUUCGAUGUUAGGACGAUAAUUCACAUUAUUUUCGUUGGUACUACAUCUAGACCAAACCUUGGUAAAUAUUAAGUUGAACAUUGAUUUGGUUAUUCUUCUGUCUGGAUAAUUUCUUCAAAAGCGCAACACUUCUUGAUCCCAAUGGGAUUCAAAAGAUUUGUAGACUGACUUGUCCAACGGUUGGAGUUUGUGAGUUAUAUUGCUGGGAAGGCAUAACAACUCUUAUGCUUAUCUGCUUUUUCUACGUUGGUGUAGUCCAAAUGCGACGCAGCUUCGUCAAAGACCAAAAGAAUUCGCCCAGCUAUUUUGAAUUUUGAUAAAUGGCAAAUAGACAAUACGAAAAGCUUGUAGUUGUUUUCGGGGCUUUUGACCAAUGGCCCAGCUGGUAAGUUAUCUUCAAAUUCUGGUUUCAUGCCUUUGCCUUUGAAGAGGAUCAUUAGAGGAAUUGAAUUUCCAGUAGCUGAAACGUAUCCCACAACACUGGCAUUCUCAGCGUGCCGAGGAGAAACUAGAUGUAAGAGUUUCGUUCCUUUCAGUGAUAAGAUUGUUUGCUGGGGGUGCAUGUCAAUCUGCAGCCCGACUCGCGAUAUUCAUAUUCUGCGCUAUUUUGUUAGCCUCUACAAAUUUAAAGAUUUGGUGUCGCAUGAUCUGUGGAGUGAUGGGAUAUCCAAUAUCAUCCAGCCUUACAAUUCAAGCUACACUUUCCUUUUCUUCUUGAAUUUCUACCCAUUUUUGGUACAAUUCUACCGCUUCUGAUGUGAUUCCUAAUUGUCCGCACUUGCACAAGGCCUAUGCGAAAGAAAUAUGACCUGAGGAACAAAACGCAAGGACAUUAUUUCCGGCGUGCAAAAUUUAGUUAUUUUGCAAAUAUUACAAAAAAUUGAAAUUUGUAUCUAAUCUUAUCGCCAGUAGUAAAUGUAUGAUUCACCUCCUAGUGAAGGUAUGCGCCACCUGCAAGUUGCACUGCAGGAUUCUAUUGUCAAAUUUUAACGGGAAAUCCACUGCUGUCUUAUUUGUCGCAUCUACCUUAUUGGAUGCAUAUUUGAAAUAAAAUUUUCAAUAUCUCGGAUAAAUUUGAAGUACCUUGAUUUUUCUCUAAAAAAAGCUAAACCGGCCAUAGGUAAAGUAAAAUUUUACAUUGUUUUGGGCGCUACGGUAGUGUCACCAUUGCAGCGUUGCCGUUUACCUGUAAAUUUGACAACAAAUAUUUUGCGAUUUAAACCGCUAACUCCCAAAGCGGAUAAACGACACUGUUGGAACGACUAAAUUAACGCAACUUUUCGAAAAUUUGAUUAGAAACAAAACCUUUUAGUUCUUGAUUGGUUAGGUGAAAUUAAUGAAAAUAAAAUUUUACCGUUGCUUACCUUACCUUUUUUUGUGCGUUUUAUGGAUUGGGUUGCAAUUAAGAUUGUGAUGGCCAAAUCAGAUUAUUGUAGUAGUUGCUUUAAUUUUGUCCGAUACCGUAGUUGUUUAAGAAGUAUAAUUUUUAUAUUGGAUGGUAAAUAAAAUUUCAAUCCGGCAACUAAAAAAUUUGAUAUCUUUUCCACUUUCUAAGACUAUUUUUUCACAAAAUUUUACAUUUGGUAGGUAUCACAGUGACAUUUUUAAAAAUUUCGAACUUGAUGACGAUCACAGUGGACAUGAUUGGUAGUGUUUUUCAGGAACUUUUUUCAUUAAACACGCGUCUGUUAUUUUUACAUUAGACAUACCUGCCGCGUGUUCAAUUUAAACAAUCCAAAUUGUUGUAAAGUUUAAGAGGAAACGGAACACAUGGUACUUCGCGCCAACAAGUACGGGGUGUCCCGUUUUUGAUACUUUCGGGGGAUAUCUCACUUGUUUUCGAAGCUAGAAAGAUGUGGUUUUCGCAAAUGUGCAAAAAAUGGGACACGCGCUACCCGGCCUAUCGGUUCUAUUAUCUUUUAUGAUCAAAAUAACUUUAACAGUCAAAAUAGAUGAAGUGUCCCUUUUGUUUUCGCCAGCCGGUACAGUACUCAAGUACAUUACUAAACUCGAUACGAUGUUUUGUCGACAAUAAUAAAUUGCGCCAUUGACUUUUUAUGUUUUUUUUUCAUAUUAGGCAGCUAAAAAUGCCAGUUGACGAUGUCUUUUUUAGCAUCUGAGUUAAUUGUCAAAAGAAAAUAUAAAAAACGGAAACUAAAAACCCAUUUCUAAAACCACACCUUUUCAUGGAAAAACGUAAAUUUAAAUAGAAGUAACAUGAAUACAGUCACCAAAAAAUUAUCAUUUAAUGUUUGGCAGCGUACUUUUUCAUCAUAUCUUUAUUAUAUCGUUGCAAUAGUCUAUUUUAACUCCAAGUAAAUCCGUCUAAAUUUACGACAUGCAGCACAGUUCGAAUAAUUCUUUCCGUCUAUGCUGUGAGGCUCAAAGAAAUCCGCAAAGAAUGGUUUAUAUUUUGUAAAAAUAAUUAGUAUAACUAAGGCGCCUUCUCGCCUUAGCGGAAGAAGGGUCGACAACUGUAAAUACUUAAACAAUUAUGUAACAUUGCAUUGUACAUAAUGUAAAUAAGAGGAAAUAAUUCUAAUAGCAAUUAGUUGUAUAUGUUUGUAAUGUAAUAAUGUACAUUACUACACCUGUUUUUUUUUUAAUGAGAAAAAGUUAUAAGUAUAUAAGCGAGUAAAUUUUGCCUGGCUGGCUUUAAGAGAACUACAAAAAGAAAAUUUUGUGAUACCGAAUGUAAAACGCUACAAUUUUUCGACUUUCGUCUUCGUUGAAUCAGCUGAGGCGAGUUCUAGUCAUCCGUUGCCGGGUCCGACUUGAGAAGUAGCAAGCCAGUAUUACAAACCUAAAAAAAACAGAAAAAUUUUGACUACUUUUUAACAAACCGUCCUAUCAGCGCUUCUUAAACGGCGCAGGCAACGGAAACCUUAGUAUAUGCCAUAAAUUAUUAUGUAUCCUUUUAAACUAGCCCUCUUGUUGGGCGCUCUACUAAUAAAAAUUCUUGCCAUGACAUCUUUUUAGCGAAAUCACAACUUUUUCAACUUUCGCAACAUUAAUCGUUAAUAUGAUUUCUCACCCUUUAAUAGCAGUGUCAGAUAUCUGUUUAAUGGUUAUUCACUCGUUAAAUAGCUCCGGCUGAUCGCGAAUCUCCGAACUUCAAGGUCUAAAGCAAGUUCGGUAGCAUCGAAAUGUUUCAAGCCGCCAACGACAGCUUAAAACAUUUACUUUCAAAAUGUGCAAUGACUGCAUUUAUCACUGAACUUAUCUGUAGUUCGCGACUUUGUUAACUGCUGAAGAAAUAAAAAAUUAAAAGUGCUUAUAUACUUUUGAAAGUUCUUCCUAGACAAGUAUGGUAUCUGACUCUGUUCAUCAUAACUAGUUUCUUCCGGCAAAGUUUUAAAUGCGAAUUUCGACGAUGGUUUUAUUAAAAUAUACUUACAUAACGAGGGCACAAAUAUUACUGUUGUUAAUGUUGUUGAAUUUUCUCAAAUAUAUUCCAAAACAUAAAAAGAACUGGUAGCAAGAAAAUUCUACGAAUAAACAUAAUGGCAAUCAUAUUAUUAUAAAUAAAAUCACGGAUCUUGAAAAGAAAUAGCUGUGUCUUUGUUCUAAAAGGAUAAUAUAUAUGUACACAGAAACAUUUUAACUAUUUUGGUAAAUAUCGAAUCAAAUGUCUUCGUGUAACUUCUUAAUUUGUACAAAAUGAGUAUGAAAACAACGACUUCAAAUAUUUUGGAGAAAAUUUCGCCAAACGGCGCCUUUCGCAGUUGUCCCUCAGACAUCAAAACGGGUUUAUAGUCUUUGAGAAAGGUCAUUACAAUUAGUUGGUUAGAGAAUACUAUAUACCUAAAAAUAUUUGUCGUCCCACAUCGACGUUACGUCAAUAAUAAAUUUUACGUACAACACUUGGAUGUGUGCAAAUAAACAUGUGAUACCAUGUAAUAUGUUAGUGUUAAAAAUAAAUUGGUAUAUUAUACAUAUUACCUCAUUUAUUGUUUUAUAUUUUUAUGUUUUAAUAUAUUGAACCAAAUAUA